AUGAGAGAUUUCACUGCAAGCCUUCGCCCUGCUCAACCAGAUGGCCCGACUAUGCUCAGUCAAGAGCGAAUGCGGUCUGGCAUAAAUUCGGAGCAGCUGGCACAACACUUGCUGGCUAAAAAUGGUUUCCUCGAACGACAAAAGAAAAUACUCGACAUCCUCAAUAAGCACUCGAUCUUUAUCAAACAAAACCAACUCAAUCUCGCUCGACCGGACCGUUACUAUCUAGCACUUGCGCGAGCUAAACAGAUUCGCCGCUUGGUUGCCGAACACAAAUGGGAUAGGCUCGACGUGGACAUGGCCGAGUACCUAGUCGAUGAAAUGAGCCCUUUUGCACUGAACUCGACCAUGUUCCUAAAGUCCAUGCAGCAGCAGUGCAACGAGCAACAGCGUGCAUAUUGGCUUCCAAAGACCAAUUCAUUUGACGUCCUCGGCUGCUAUGCGCAAACAGAGCUCGGGCAUGGCAGCAAUGUCAAAGGUCUAGAGUGUGAAGCAAGAUGGGACCAACAGACCAAGACCUUCGUCAUUCACAGUCCAACACUGACGGCCUCGAAGUGGUGGAAUGGCUCUUUGGGAAGAACUGCAAACCAUGCGGUAGUCGUGGCGCAAUUGCUACUACCCUCAGGCGCUGGAUUCAAGAGCUACGGGCCACACCAAUUCAUUGUUCAGAUACGCGACAUGAAGACUCAUCAGCCUCUGGACGGUAUCGUCAUCGGUGACAUUGGCCCCAAGUACGGCUAUACUACUAUGGACAACGGCUAUACUACUAUGGACAACGGCUAUAUGCUUUUCCAGCACCAUCGAGUGCCUCACAUCCAACAAGUGGUCUAUGGGACCAUGACCGCAAUCAGGGCGGACAUUGUGGAGCAUGCUAGACUUAUCCUAGCUCGCGCCGUCACCAUCGCGAUCCGUUACACUUCGAUACGGAGACAGUUCAAAGAUCGAGAUGAGUCCAACCCCUCGGCGCCAGAGCUAGUCGUCCUGGACUACCCAACGGUUCAAAUGCGACUGUUCCCCCUUCUGGCGACGACCUUUGCCUUGCACUACACCGGACUAGCAAUGAGGGCCUUAUACGAAAGCAACCAGGAGACUAUCAGUCGCAAUGAUUUCUCAGCGUUGGCGGAGACCCACGCGUUGUCCUCCGGUCUCAAGGCUCUUUGCACAACGCUCGCAGCAGACGGCAUAGAAACCAGUCGCCGCGCUCUUGGAGGACAUGGUUUCGGUGGAGGCAGUGGCAUGAUUCCACUAAACAGUGAUUAUUUGUCGAAACCCACCGUUGAGGGCGACAACUAUAUGAUCACCCAACAGACUGCAAGCUACCUGAUCAAGGCCAUGGGGAGAGCCAAGAGACAGCCUUCCGCACAGUGCGAUCCUACGCAGCAGAUGUAUCGAGAAUACCUGUCUGGCGGAACAAAAGCACCCCUCAAACUUCUAGACGACGACGCCGCAAUUGUGAGGGCAUUUGAAAUCCGAGCUUGUGUGGUAGGACACCAAGUGUACCAGGCAAGGGUGGAAAACGGCCGCGGCUGGACAAAUCUCAUGGUUGAGCUCCACGAGCUCAGCAUUAUUCACUCGGAAAUGUUGCUGGUGCGCAAUUAUUUCACAGCACUCCAAACCCGAUCGGGGCCUCCUUUGUCAGAUCAGACCUGGGAUGUGAUGCGGCUGAUGUUCCAACUCUUCUCUCUGAAAACAAUCCUGACCCGUCCAGCCGAGUUUUUGGCGUCAGGAUUGAUUACCGUUGACGAAAUGACCAGGUUAAAGGAUGAGGUCGCCUCCAUCAUGGCCAAGUUACGACCACAUGCUGUCAGCCUCGUUGAUGCAUGGAAAAUUCCCGAUUAUCUUCUGCAAAGUGCUCUGGGCAGUUAUGAUGGCGAUGUCUACAACCGCCUGUUCAAGCAGGCCCACGAGAUGAAUCCACUCAACAAGCUCACUUUCAACCCAGAUUGGAGAAGCAAGGAAGUAGUGCUUGGAGAGGGAGUGCAGGCAUCUCAAAGGAAAAUAGAGGAAUUGGUCUGGGGAAAUGUGUCACCUGCCAGCAGGUCCAAUCUUUCGAGACUCUGA